AUGAUUUUGACAGAGUGCCUACCGAUUAUUUUGGAUUUUCCCGAUGAUGUCGAGCAUUGGUGUAAUCUGAUUUUUGAUACAAUGGUUUAUACAGCCCACACCCCACCCAACUGGUACGAAAAAGAUGGCGUCCCCCGCCCAAUCCUCGGUCUCACUGAAGCAUCCCUUGGCGUUAUUUUAGUACUGAUAUACCUGCCAAUGAUCUCUGUGAUGCUGGAAAAAGAGCAAUUCAGCAUGUCAUGCUUCAAAAUAAUGAGUCUUCUGGCGAUAGUCGACGUCUUCUCCAUCCUCAUCAACUGCAUUAUCACCGGGUGGCUCGCCUACCAAGGCGCCGUCUACUGUACCCACCCGAAUUUGAUCUACAUCUCUGGAAUGGCUGGAAUGGGACUUUGGUGCUGUUCCUGUGUCAUUGCAGUGACUCUGGUGACAAAUCGGUUGUUGGAUUUGAUAUUUCCUAGGAUUGGAGCCAUGAUUUUUGAUGGGAACAAGACAUUUUUGGUGUUGGUGGUGUCAGUGCUCUAUGGGUUGUACUUUGCAAUUUUUAAUACGCCCAUUUUAUUUACCUCCAAGUUUCAUGCCUGGUUUUUUGAUCCGAUGAUAUUUGAGGAUAUGGAGAAGGAAUACGCCAACAUCCCUCACAUUGUCAACAACUUUUUCGUUGUUGCCGCCACUUGUUUUCUCUACGGAAUCUUCUGUUGGGCACUCUGUUCAAAACUAAAACACGUGGACACUGAAUCCGAGUCUCGGAAUGCGAGCUCCCAAAUCUUCCUGCAAUCCGCUCUGAUUUGUGCGGUUAACCUAGCCGCCGCUAUCAUUUAUGUGAUAAUGAAUUAUAUCGACAUCCCGUUCUGGCUAAUUCUCGUGGGGACACUUAUGUGGCAAUUGGGGAAUUCCGCACCGGUUUUGAUCUACUUGAGCGCCCAUACCCCUGAAGAAUGGGCUAAAAGAGAUGGUGUCUCCCGUCCAAUCCUUGGUGUCACUGAAGCCUCUUUCCUGGCUAUAGCUGAUAUGUUAUCCAUAGUAGUCGACUGUAUUAUCACCGGGUGGCUUGCCUACCAGGGCACCGUUUUCUGUUCCUAUCCAAUUCUGCUUUACUUCUCCAGAAUGUCCGGAACAGGACUCUGGUGUUGUACUUGUGUGACUGCUUUCAUAUUGAUUACCAAUCGCGCCCAUACCCCUGAAGAAUGGACCAAAAGAGAUGGUGUCUCCCGUCCAAUCCUUGGUAUCACAGAAGCUUCCCUUGGCAUCCUUAUCAAUAUCUGUUACAUUCCAAUAAUCUUUGUAAUGCUUGAAAAAGAGCAUUUCAAGAUUUCCUGCUACAAAAUCAUGUCUUUCCUGGCAAUAAUUGAUAUGUUAUCCAUAGUUGUCGACUGUAUUAUCACCGGAUGGCUUGCAUACCAGGGCGCCGUAUUCUGUUCCUAUCCAACACUCAUCUAUUUCUCUGGAAUGUCUGGUACAGGACUCUGGUGUUGUACUUGUGUGACUGCUCUCAUAUUGAUUGUCAACCGGAUAUUUGAUCUACUCGUUCCUCGAGCCAGAAUUUUCUUUUUCGAAGGAAAUCGUACUUUUCUUGUAAUUCUGGGAGCAAUUCUCUAUACCAUGUACUAUGUAUUCUGUAAUACUCCGAGUCUUUUCACUUCUAAAUUCCAUUCCUGGUUUUUUACCCCGAUGAUUUUUGAGGGAAGAGACAUGGAUUAUGAGAAUGUUCCUAUGUUUUUCAACAACAUUGGAGUGGUAUUCGUCACAUGUAUCCUCUAUAUUCUAUUCUGUUUCGUAUUGGGAGCAAAACUUAAAAAUGUGUCGACAGGAUCCGAGUCAAGAAGCGCGGUAAGUUGA